GUUCUCCGCUCAUUUCUCCCGGACAGGCACGCGACACAACGCAGCCUCUCACCGCCUUUCGCGUUGUACGUCUUAUUUUUGUGUGUGUGAAUUGUAACCUAGAGGGGCAGAAAUCGGGGCGAAACGCUGUUUUCGUGCCCGCCGGCGGAGCGUUAGCUAGCUCGCUAGCAUCGGCAAGUUGGGAAAACAGUCCGUCACGGCGAAGACACGGGGGCAGAGGCGCCCCAUCGCCUCCAACAGUGAAAAUCGUUGCUGACUCCCUCGACGCCACAGACGCUGAGGACACAGCGUUUGCGUCUAAUGCAGCGUGUUUGUGAGUGUGGGAUUAAUCCACGCUGUGUCGGGGGAGCGGGUGGAGCUCGGACGUUCCAACCCACCCACACUCACGUCCUCUUUCUUCCUGCUUACUCCUCAAGGGAGAACUGAGGACGACGGACCCAUGAAGCAUGAGAGGGUGGAGCUGAGGCUCAGCUGACCUCUCCUUCCCCCUCCUCCUCCUCCUCUCCCCUGUGCUUCAUUUGAUCGGCACCGCCCCUUCCCUCCCCUUUAUUCCCCUUCCCGUCGGCCUGGUGGAUCUCACCCGUCCUUCUCCUCCUUCAGUCCCUCAACCAGCCGUGCCCAAUGUACUCCCCAGAGCAGGAAAACAUCUCCACCACCGCCUCCACCAAAGUGCCAGUGAAGUAUGGAGAGCUGAUUGUGCUGGGGUACAAUGGCUCUCUGCCCAACGGAGACCGGGGCCGACGUAAAAGCCGCUUUGCUCUUUGCAAAAGGCCAAAGGCGAACGGGGUGAAGCCCAGCACGGUCCACGUCGCCUGCUCUCCACAGGCAGCCAAGGCCAUAAGCAACAAAGACCAGCACAGCAUCUCCUAUACUCUGUCUCGAGCCCAGACGGUGGUGGUGGAGUACACCCACGACAGCAAUACAGACAUGUUCCAGAUUGGCCGAUCGACAGAGAGUCCCAUAGACUUCGUGGUGACGGACACUGUGGCUGGCAGCCAGAGCAACGCAGACACUCAGUCGGUCCAGAGCACCAUCUCCCGUUUCGCCUGCCGCAUCAUGUGCCAGCGCACGCCGCCUUACACCGCACGCAUCUACGCCGCAGGCUUCGACUCCUCCAAGAACAUCUUCCUCGGGGAGAAAGCUGCUAAGUGGAAGACGUGUGACGCUCAAAUGGACGGGCUGACCACCAACGGCGUGCUGGUGAUGCACCCUCGCACCGGCUUCACCCAGGACUCCAAACCGGGCGUGUGGAGGGAGAUCUCAGUCUGCGGCAACGUCUUCACGCUGCGGGAGACGCGCUCGGCUCAACAGCGGGGAAAGAUGGUGGAGACCGAGUCCCAGGAGCUCGUGGACGGCUCCCUCAUCGACCUUUGCGGCGCCACCCUGCUGUGGCGCACGGCCGAGGGGCUGGCGCGCACGCCCACCCUCAAACACCUGGAGGCCCUGAGGCAGGAGAUCAACGCCGCCCGGCCCCAGUGUCCCGUCGGCUUCAACACGCUGGCCUUCCCCUCCAUGCGGCGCAAGGACACGCCGGACGAGAAGCAGCCGUGGGUGUACCUCCAGUGCGGACACGUGCACGGCUACCACAACUGGGGCAACCACCGCGAGGAGCGCGAGGGCCGCGAGGGCCGGCACCGCGAGUGCCCCAUGUGCCGGGCGCGGGGCCCGUACGUGCCGCUGUGGCUGGGCUGCGAGGCGGCCUUCUACGUGGACGCGGCGCCGCCCACGCACGCCUUCAGCCCCUGCGGCCACGUGUGCUCCGAGAAGACGGCGGGCUUCUGGAGCCAGAUCCCGCUGCCGCACGGCACGCACACCUUCCACGCCGCCUGCCCCUUCUGCGCCCAGCAGCUGAGCGGCGAGCAGGGCUACGUCAGACUCAUCUUCCAGGGACCGCUGGACUAGCGGGGCCCGGCCCGUUUUGGCUGCGCUUGAACAGGAACUUUUCCUCUGGACUUUUUGUCUCUUUCACAUUUUUAAGUGACCUUUGUAUUGCUUUUUCAUGAAAGACAACAAAGAUUUCUAUAUUUUCAUGGGAGACCCAAGACACAAAAACCAAACAAAGAACACUGCUGGGUAACGAUUUAAUGUUUGUUUGUCUAAAAGAACUUUCAACAACAGUAUUUAUCUAAAUGACUAAUUACCCCAGUGCUGAAAUGGUUUUUAUUCAUGUUUAUUGUUGCAAUAUCCAUCUGAUCUGUGUACAUCUCUUAGAGCUAAUUUAAACAAAGAUGUUUUAUUUAUGGCCCAGGAACCAUCGCUUCAUCUUUUAUCUGUCAGAUAACUUCAAUACUAUUAAGCAUUUUAUUGAGAAUACAGUAUAUUAAUAAUGGGAUGUAAAGUUCUAGGUGUGUUCUGAGGAUUUCGUUCUGCGUCUUCCCCCCCCCGUUCACUUCUCAGAUGUGUUUUUGUUGUAUUUAUACUCCCCGUCCUCUGGCGUGCGCUCACUCUGUUCCUUUACCUUUACGUGUCUCUCACCACGGCCGUUUUCACAUUCAAAGCAAUAGAUUUGGAACAGAAACCUCCUAAAGUAUUAUGGGAAACGGAGUCCUCUAGGCUCAGACAGCUCUCUCCCUUUAACGUCUAAGUGAAACGUUGCUGUGGGUGAGUGACUCCUUUCUGCCCCAGCUACUCGUCCUGCAGCCAUGUAGCUACUAUCACACGCACACUCACUGCACUCAGACCUGAUUCACCCCUUUAUCACCAAUGUUUAAUACAAACAGCCUGUGUGGACGGUGUUCAGGGCUCACCGGCUCAGUUACAGCAGCAAUAAGACAUCACUUUGCCAUGAACAGUAUUCUGAUGACAUUUUAACCACACCAGACACUGAAGUAAAGUAUUUUCUCUGUCCCUCAUCACACAAGCAUCAAAACACGCAGGUUAAAGACAACUGUAGCUGUUUGACUCAGGUUUGAUCCACACACACGGCUUUGUGUCUUUCAUCAUAUCGUCCUAAUGGCUUUGUCGUGCUCUGCAGACUGUUUAGAAGUGGUUUCAGGGAGAGUUAUAAUGUGGCGAGAGCUGCAGUGUCGGUACAACGUGAGGACAGACUGCUUGUUAUACAGCAAAAAGCACCAUGAAAACUACGUGACUUUAACCAGUGUUGAGACGUUGGAUGUUCUGAGAACACAGUUCUGAUAUUUUGCACAUCUGUGGAAUCAGUCUCCAAAAGUCUCCAAAGCAUCUGCAGCUGUCGGUAGCAUGUGUGUGCGUGAGAUUGUAAUUUAUGUGUCCAUGAUGAUUGUAGGUGUAGUGUUUGAACUGUGUGUUCAUCUGUCCAGGCAGUACUUACUCACCCAUCAGUACCCUCCCCCCGCACUCAGACUACACACUAACUCACCUCAGGGAGAAUAAUACUGACCUGUGUCACACACACACACUCACACACUCACACACACACACACACACACACACACACACACACACACGGCUAAGGCCUCCUCGGCCUCAUCCGCUCUGCUUUCGGUUCUGUCCCAUGGGCUCUGUGUGCAGUGUGAGAGUAAGGGCUUCACUCUGUUUCUGAACUGUUAUCUCCACCCUGUUGUUGCUCCAUCACGUCUGACAGUCCAUCUGCGACUCGCUCUUCCUCUGGAUCCUCUUCGAGUCUCCUUCUGCUCGUUACGGUGAAAGCAACGAAUGUUUCCAGCAAACACAUUUUUGUAAUAACUUUAAACAAUAAAGCGUAAAAGUGA